AUGAGCGUUCGUGAGCACCUGACAUCGACCUCACCCAAUUCCUCCCCCGAUCCCGCAGCGCCUGCGAAAGCCCCCGAUAUGGAUCCGCCUCCGCCAGUCUCUGCGCCCGUCGUGGCUUUCAGCUCAUGGGUGUCUCAAGCUGUUGUCGCUUCGUUCCUGGCUGGAGGCGUCGCUGGCGCCGUCUCGAGAACGGUCGUCUCGCCGCUGGAGAGAUUGAAGAUUCUGCUGCAGGUUCAGUCCAGCGGACGGACGGAGUACAAGAUGAGCGUACCCAAGGCGCUGGCCAAGAUCUGGAGAGAAGAGGGCUUCAAGGGCAUGAUGGCGGGGAAUGGCGUCAACUGCAUUCGGAUAGUGCCUUACAGCGCGGUGCAGUUUGGGAGCUACAAUCUUUAUAAGCCAGUAAGCCACGAGAUGUGCAUGGAAAGAUAGCUUGUGCUGACCACGACCACAGUUCUUCGAACCCAGUCCCGGCGAGCCUCUCACGCCUGCGAGGAGAUUAUGCUGCGGCGCGGUAGCUGGUAUUACCUCGGUCACAUUCACAUAUCCUCUCGAUAUCGUUCGAACACGACUAUCCAUUCAGAGCGCAUCCUUCAGCAGCCUGUCGCAGGCAGAAGUCUCCAAAAAGCUACCGGGAAUGGGCCAGACGCUGGUACACAUGUACAAGACAGAAGGAGGCUUCUGGGCUCUAUAUCGUGGCAUAUUACCCACGAUUGCUGGAGUGGCACCAUACGUGGGCUUGAACUUCAUGGUGUACGAGAGCGUACGGCAGGCCUUCACACCGCAGGGACAGCAGAACCCGUCGUCUAUCGGCAAGCUGUGCGCAGGUGCCAUCUCAGGAGCUGUGGCUCAGAGCAUUACAUAUCCAUUGUGAGUGUUCGUUCCCUCCAAUUCGCGAGCCCAACUGCUAACAGUAUGUUUCAAGUGACGUUCUGCGAAGACGCUUCCAGGUAAACACAAUGUCCGGCAUGGGCUACCAGUACAAAUCGAUCUUCGACGCCGUCCGAGUCAUCAUCACGCAAGAAGGAAUCGCAGGCCUAUACAAGGGCAUCGUGCCGAACCUGCUGAAAGUCGCACCCAGCAUGGCCAGCAGUUGGCUCAGCUUCGAAAUGACACGAGAUCUUCUCGUCAGCUUAAAACCGGAGCCGAAACCAACGGAUGAGCCGGAAUGA